AGAAGUUAGGCAGAGGAAAAGCAGGUGCAAUCUCAGAUUGGAACAGAAUGGCUUUAUUUCAGGAUAUAUAAGGAGCAUUACUGGAGAGUGUGAAAGGCCAGACAAAGAAACUACAGCCAUGACUUCAGGAACAGUCACAUGUUUAAUGGUCUUGGUUAUCGCCCUUAAUUCAAUUGCUGCUCUAGCAGGACUGGCAUUAUUUGCAGUGGCCAUUUGGGUAGUCGUUGAUGGGUAUGGACUCUACCCAAUAUCUGGUGUGUCGGGGAAGGAUGACAUUUUUGCUGCUGCCUGGAUUGCCAUUUUUACAGGGUUUGCCUUCUUCCUCACAUGCAUCUUUGGCAUCUUUGCUGCCCUAAAGAGGAGUCGUGCACUCAUGCUGGUGUACCUUAUUAUAAUGUUCAUCAUCUUUCUCUUUGAAAGUGCAUCCGCCAUUACAGCAGCCACCAACCGAGAUUAUCUGGUUGGAAACAGUAACCUUGUGAAGAAACAGAUGCUGCGAUAUUAUGGGGACAGCAGUACGCAAGGAAAGCAGAUUACAGCAACAUGGAACAGAGUGAUGCAAGAGGUUCAGUGUUGUGGGACAGAUGGCCCAAAGGACUGGAUUGAGUUUGAAUCUACCUUCAGGCAGAAUUUUGGCACGACCUACUCCUGGCCCCUCAACUGUUGCAAGAGACUGAGCAACUUUGAGGUGCAAGAUCCAGAAAGUUGCAAGAUUGGCAAGAGCAGCACCAUGUUCACACAGGGUUGCUUCAAGUAUAUUGAAUCUGUUUUAAAUCGUUACACCUGGGCUGUGAGCUGGUACGGAUUUGCCGUUCUCAUGUUUGUGUUUUUCACGCUGCUGCUUGCCAUGAUCUACUACAUACAGCUGGAAUAAAUGUAUGGACUCUGUCUGCAAGCCACACAGCUGCUUUUUCUCCUGGUCUGUGAUAACAAAAGAAAUGGACACUUUUAGAUUGCACUACAGUGAAAUGCAUGGGUAGAUGACAUGAUGUGUUAAGCAGUGACAGUCAUGCUAUAAUUAAAACUAUUUUAAACAGCAUUUUCUAAUUCUAGCAAAAUUAGCAUACAUGCAAUUGUAUGACCUCAUUAAUUGAGAGACAGUUUGGAAUAUAUGUACAUUUAAAAAUUAAUGUCACACCAUAAGACUAUAUUUAAAUGGAUCUCCAAAACAAGCCAAGUGAUUAAAAAUGGUGAAAAGCUUAACUGGUGACCUGUCACAGCACCUAAAAUCUACACUUCUCCUUAAGUCUAGACACACUCACUUAUUCUUUAUUUUUACCAUUUUCCACAUUUUAGAAAAUAGUAAAGCCAUUAAAACUAUCAAAUAACACAAAGUAUGGGAAUAAUGUAGUGACCAAAAAUUAUUGGUUUCUAUCAAAUAAUGUAUUUUAUUAUUCUCCAGUCUAAUAUAUCGUGCUGCUAAAACAGCGCCAACUCAACACAAUUGUACAGAGCGGUUAUCUGAGUUACUCUAGACUUUGUCAGUUCAAACCAGUCUGGCCAUUCUCUGUUGACCUCGCUCAUCAACAAGGCAUUUCCGUUCACAGAACUGCCGUUCACUUGAUGUUUUUUGUUUUUGGCACCAUUCGGAGUAAAUUCUAGAGAAUAUUUUGUGUGAAAAUCCCAGGAGAUCAGCAGUUACAGAAAUACUCAAACCAGCCCGUCUGGCACCAACAAUCAUCUGACGCUUCACGCUCCAAAUCACUGAGAUCAUAUUUUUCCCCAUUCAGAUGGUUGAUGUGAACGUUAACUGAAGCUCCUGACCGUAUCUGCUUGAUUUUAUGCACUGCAAUGCUGUCACACGAUUGGCUGAUUAGAUAAUCGCAUGGAUGAUUGUUGGUGCCAGACGGGCUGGUUUGAGUAUUUCUGUAACAGCUGAUCGCCUGUGAUUUUCACGCACAACAGUCAGAAUAUACUCAGAAUGGUGCCAAAAACAAAAAACAUCCAGUGAGCGGCAGUUCUGUGGAUGGAAAUGCCUUGUUGAUGAGAGAGGUCAGCAGAGAAUGGCCAGACUGGUUAGAACUGACAAAGUCUACAGUAACUCAGGUAACCGCUCUGUACAGUUGUGGUGAGAAGAAUAUAAUCUCAGAAUGCUAUUCUGAGAUUCGGGUUGGUGCUGUUUUGGCAACUAUAUAUAUAUAAUAAAUCAAAAAUGUAGUUUUGUACAGAAAUGUAUACAUGGGCAGAAUUUAGAUUAGUUUACAAAACUAAUUUUAGGAAUAAAAGCAUAAGACUUUAGAUCAUCAUGUUUUAAAGAUAAUGAAAAAUAUAAAUGUAUUAAAAUUAUAAUUCAGCACCAUUGACUUUUGAAUGGUAGUCUACAUAUUAACAUCAAAUUGCGAAAAACGUCCAUGUUGUCAACUACCCCCUUACACAUUUUCUGUUUUUCUAUAUUUAUGUCUAAAUAAGUGAUUUGAAUGCAUUUUAAUAUUCUUUUGGUUUAUGUUGUAUUAAGGAUGAAGAGUGUUUAUGGGAUCAUCAUUGUACAUUUUAAACUAUAAGUUGUUGAAUCCUUUCUAAUCAAUUAAGUCUCAAAAUCUUACUUUAUGCCACAGUCUAGUGUUGUUUCUGCAUAAAGAUUUAACAUGGAUAGAAUGGAAAUUUGCUUUGUGAGAUUCUUUGCUGCCCAUGUGUUUUAUAACUUGCUUGAUAACAUGUUUCUGUGCAGGGGCGUAGAUUUCGGGGGAAAGGUAAUAAUCAAAACAAGCAAGUACAACCCCCCAACAGUUAUACCAUGAUUAAUGAAACAUGUCGAGGAGAAAUCUAUGCCCUCGUUUCUGUCUACCAAAUAAACUGAUAUAUGUCACUGUUAGGUCAUACAUAAAAGGGCCUAUGGUCAUUGCAAAAACGACAUCAUCUUUUAUGAAAGCACAUGCCCUUGCAAUUAAACAAUCCUUAUAAAAGAGUAAGAGAAGGAGAAUGCUAAGACAAAAGCAUGGCAGCUCUCCACACCCUGAACCGCCCAACAAACCGUUACUGCUCACAAUAAUUACCUAAUGCCAAAACAGUUUGUACAUGUAUCAGCAUGGAACAGUGUAGUGCAUGUUAGCUUAUAUACUGUAUGUCUGCUUUAUCUCAACUGGGAGUGUCGCCUGAUACUGAGAAACUGAGACAGGUUUUGCAGGAUAUCCAUCCAGGAAAGUCCUUGGCAAAACUUCAAAUAUUACUGCUGAAAAACUCAAAUUACAGCUAGCAAAAGUAGGAUAACCAUCUCAGAUGGGGUAGACUGUAGCCUGCAUACAUUCAGCCAGUCCUGUAAAUUUAAAUAUUCUCAAAAUAACACAGAACCUACAAAGAACACUUGUCUUUUAAUAGCAAAUUGGAACAAAUACAAGUUCGACUGGUUCAUUAAUAGGAAUGUUAUUUAGUCAUGUAAAUAUCAUCAGUUAUUCAGCAAGGUUAGUCUUUUAAAACAUGAUAAUUAGUACCAGUUGUACAUUGAAAUUCCAAAGUUUUGUUGCAUUCUAAAGGAGAUUUUAUGUCAUUUUCGAAUACUUAAACAACGCCCAUUAUUAAGCAACCUCUACUCUACUGACACUUGUACAAAAAUAUUGUGUUCAAAAAUAAAUCACCAAACUACAGUUUCGUCACUGACAGUGCCCAAUAUUUUAAUUCACAUAUUGGUAAAUAUUACAAAAUGAAAUGCCUUUUGCAAAGUGCUGAAGGCAUAAGGGGAAAUCAUUGGACAUGAAGAUCAUGUACAGUAUAUUCUCUCAAAGCCACAUGCAUGACCUCUCUCACUUGAACAUACACAGGUCUUCUGACGUACAUAGGUAGCAUUAAUAUUUACUGUUUUAAGGUUUAGGAAUAAAUAUUCCCUUUGUUAUACACUGCAUAGAUAUUUAUUAAAACAGAUAUCAGACAUGCAAACAGACUCUCUCUCUCUCUCUUACACACAACAAAAUGUAAUUUAGACUGUGUAUUCUCAGUAAUUACUAAUGUGAAGCUUUGAAAAAAAUAAUAGUGUCUAAAUAGCGGCAACUUGGCUCCACUAACAAAAAGUACCAAAAGUACCAUGGUAUUCCCAUUGGUUUUUGGACACUGUACCAUGGUAUUCUUUGAAAUAUCUUGGAGUACCAUGUAAAUACAAAUGGCACACAAAUAAAGUACUCAACCUGUACCAUGGUUUUUAUCAAAGUACCAUUGUAUUAGCAUCUAAUGCCAUCACUGUACCAUGGUAGAGACUGUACUUUUAGUAAGGGUUAGGACAAGGUUUGUAUCUUACUGUGGCAUAUAAGCAUUGAAGCUUUUCAAUAUUUGCUUUCAUAACAAAGGGAAGAUUAAGUUUGAUUUUUUAAAAGAAGAUUGAUUAUUUAACGCAAGGCACCAACCACUAACCAAACUUUUAGAGAGCCCACCUCUGGUCAUUUUUAAAGGAUUUCCAAAACAUGUUGAUAACCAGUUCCAUAUUACGUAUAGUAAGAAUCAAAAUAAUGGAAAAGUACCAAGCCCAUUAAGUGUAGUCUGAUAAAUCAGCUUUAACUUUAUUAAGUCUUUCAAAAAUUUUGUUUUUUGCAAGACUUGUCCAUAAAUUGGCAUUGGAGGAAUUUUCAGUGUUUAAUGGUGGAUAAUACCAGUCAGUGGACAUUGCUGGGUUGGGAUUCUUCCAUAAAAGAGGCCAUGGAUGUUUGGGAGUGACAUGGUGACAUAGCCUACCAGAAAUACUUGCUUUGGAUAAGAACAUUUGACAUAUUACUUGAAAAUGAGCAAAA